AUGCGGCUGCUGCCCAUUUCCAGAUCACACACUUCUGUCCUGACCAGGGGCCGGUGGGUGUUUGCUCCUAACUGGCGUGUAUUCUCGCGACGCCCUGAAUAUCAGUCUAGUCAGGCUGUAGCCCUUGCUCAAAAUCCAUCAACCUGGCAAACACCUGGAGUGGCCAGUUCCAACUCGGCAUCGUAUCAGCAAUCCAUUUCGUCGAAGCUCCCCGGUGCCGAAGUGGAAUCACACUCGAACGAGCGCCUUGCCAUAUCCCCCAACCAACCCCUUGUCGACUCUUCGGACCUCUGCGAUCCCGAUAUCUUUCUCUCCGAGUCGAAGCUCCCCGCUGCCGAACUGGAAUCAAACGAGAACGAGCGCCUUGCCAUAACCCCCAACCCACUCCUUAUCGACGUUUUGGACCUCUACCGCGAUCCCGGUAUCUUUCUCUCCGAGUCGAAGCUUGCCAGACUAAGGGCUCUCGCGGUGAAUAACAGUACCCAGCUCGUCGUUAUCACCGCGCAAUACAUCCUUCGUGAGGUACCACAGUUGGAUCCAAGAAUUGGAGACCUGUUAUGCAGCAAUGAGAAAUGGUUGGCCAAGCUGCACCGCUUGGCGAGAAACGGUCUCUCGGCGGGUGACGUUUCCUAUUGGGCUUGGACUCUUGUUUCGCCCGACCCGGAUGUGAGAGUGGCCAGGUUUAUGAGCAAACCGUGCCAAAAACCACUAUUUUUGCUGUGCCAUCUUCUUCUCAAAAACGCACACUUCAGUCCUGAUUCGUUUGAAGGACUCCUGAAAUACUGCAGAAAAUGGUGCUCGUAUCAACAGAUAGGGCGUGGUUUUGCUAAGGCUUUCGCCCGGUCCUACGUAUUGAACCCUGAGCUGUUCAAUAGGGUGGCUGAGAACCUCUGCUUCCAUGCAAGCAGACUUCAGUCCGACGCCUUACCAGAGAUCGCAGACCUGUCCGUGGCAUACAUUAAGAGUAUAGCACAACGCUGUCAGCAUCCAGACAAGGCAUACGAGUUUCAAUGUAAAGUGUUCAACGGUGCCCUACAAGCUGUUUCAGUUCUGUCAAAAAGGACGCCAUAUCAACAAGCCUCGCAAAAUUGGAGGGCAAUUACUAUUCUGCUCUCGCUGUCGUCCAGCUUGAAGCAUCCCCUCAUCAUCGAAGGAGAAAGUUAUCGGGCAAUCAGGCAAGUUUUGCUUGCGUUGCCAAAGACAGCUUCAGAACGGAAAACGGCCGGCGCUCUUUCCAGCUCGUGGCCCCCUUAUCGAAUAUUGCGAGACGGCAUGGAAGAAAAGGCGGACACGCAAGAGUAUUUGAGCAGAGUUGUCAAAGCCGGCUUCAUGAUGCAAGAGGCUGGUUACAGCAAGAAGGAAAUCGAUGUGACCACGGACGUGUUAGGAGGCAUGGCUCCCGACGGAUCGCCAACAAUUCAGACGAGGGCUAUUUACCCGCGCCAUCUGCGUGUGGAGCAAGGGACGUGGGCGGCGUUGGUUCGGGCAACUCGAAACGCCCAGGAAGCCUGGGCAGCAUUCACAAAUCCUCCUGAAUCCGGAAUGAGGCCAACAUUUGAAGUGUACUGGGAGUUGAUGGUGAAGCUUGCAGCACGACAAGCCGAUCCUCGCCACCAUAAUCUUCCCGGGGAUGGGAGAGAAGUCUUCCCUUUUGAUGACAGAAACUUGAGCGACUUUGAGAAAGCGCGUAUCUCUCCGCCCAGCAUGCCACAGUUAAUAGAGCAGAUGUACAACGCCGGUGUGGCCAUCGAAGAACGGCCCUUGGCUUGGUUGCUUAGACGGGCUCCCGACAUCGAGACUGCUCUGGAGUAUAUCAGCCACAGCAGCGUAGACGAAGCACUCAAGAACUCUCUCAGGCAGUGCUUGAAAGUAUCCCAGAAGCCUGUGAUAACUAUACCGACCAGGCCCUCUCGACCCAUCGACUUACCUCACAAAAUGUUGCAUGCAACUGUCGAUCUCCUUUGCCGUCUACAGCCCAAUCGAACGAAAAACACACCUGACUAUCUCCCCAAACACAAACUCUACUCCAUCCAUCACGCUUUUCGGCUCGCGCAAACCGGACGGAAUUUGGCCCACACUUCUGAUCGGCCACCGUUGGAGUUAAUCAUGCUUGCUCUGGGCAGGCCGAACAUCAUGGUUAGCAACACUGCCCCACAAGAUAACAACAUCGAGGUUGUGAAGAUGGCCCUCAAAGUCUUGGGGGAGGCCGAGGAACGUGGCGCGCUCACCUUGGACAUGCUCAAUGCAUUUGCCCACGCAAUACGCAAGCUGGUUUACUCAAGUAUUUCCAUGUCACUUUCGUCCACUUCGGCGAUGCUUCCUGGGGACGAGGAGUUCGUGUCACUCUAUCGAGCGCGGAACACAGAGCUGGCGGUGCCAAACGGGCCCAACGUCUUCCGGAGACCAGAUGCGGCCGAUAACGUUGAUGGUUCUUGGCGACAAAUACACACGCCGGUUUUCGAGGCCCAGCAAGAGCAGGAAAAUCUCCAGACGCCUUGCAAGGUCGUCCGAGAAGCAUCGGAGAGAUUGAAAGCUGUCUGGAGGGUGCUGUUGACCAAGGCCUCGGCACACCCGCCUUUCGCCAGCCCACGCGUUUCGGAAAUGAAUAUAUAUCAUUAUAUGCGCACACUCGUAGCUGUCGGUGAUCUGGAGGAGGCGGUGCUGCUUCUGUGCUGGACUGUGCGGGACUGGGCUCCUGCCGCUGGCGCUAAAUUGACUCCCGGGAAAGUCAGAACUCUGACCAAGGCAGUCAUCGUCUUCCGGGCGUUUGCGGAGCCCUUGCUUGACGAGAGAGCGGUGGCGUCUUUGCGCGAGGAGAUCGAGACGAACAGUGAGCAGGGAGGGCCUGUGCACUGGCCGGCCGACCAACAGGUAGAAGAGUACGUGCAGGGCGAUGACAUGGGCAACCACCAGAACUUGCACGAAGUGGUCAAGUCCGCAGCGUCUCGAAGCAAAAUCAUCCGCUGUCAGGAGCUCGGAAAGGAUAACGAUGUCGACUAA